GCUGCAGCCAAUGAGAACAUGAGAACAGCAGCUGUCACUGGUUGCUGGAGAGGAAGGACGAUCGCACUUUAGCUACAUACUGUACACAGAAGCUGGGAGGCUGACAGUGGACUCACGUCAUCCAGGACUCAUAUUAUCCAGGACUCACGUUAUCCGGGACUCACGUUAUCCGGGACUCACGUUAUCCGGCACUCACGUCAUCCAGGACUAAUGUAGAACAAGAUGAGAUCCACAAAGUUCAUGAUGUUGACACUUCUCUUCACGUGUCUCCAAGUUGGAUAUUUAUACGGAGAUCUAGCGGUGACCACUCAUUUCUAUGACACCGUCACGCUCCCGUGCUCCUUCCCUUUUGUAUACGAUGGCGUGUCUGUGCUCUGGGAGAGGAUAGGAGAAGAUGGAAGAAAAUUACUGGUUCACAAAUUCACUGAAGAUCAGGACCAUCUGGUGGAGCAGGACCCUCAGUACCGAGGCCGUACACAACUGUCCAAAGAGUUUUCAAAGCGAAGGCUGGACCUGACGCUGAGAGAUGUCACCUUCUCUGAUGAGGGCACGUACUACUGCCGAGCCGCCAGUGAGAAGGGCCACGGAGACCUGAUGGUGACGCUGACAAUAGACCGUUUAAAUGCAGAUGACCCGAAAGUAUCACUUCUGCACAUUGAUGGGAUCCGGCUUCUGAAGUGCGUUACCACCGGUGUGUUCCGGGAUCCGAAGGUCAAAUGGACAAAUAGAAACAAUGAGGAUCUCUCCAGCUACGCGACAAAUAAUAUCACCGCCCUCGCCAGCGGGAAACAGACGGUGGAGUCUAUACUGCGCUAUGAUGUGGAGACGAAUGUGCAUUACUUCUGUCAGAUCACGGAGGGGAGGCUGAAGAGAUCGGCGCGGGCUGUGAUAUCAGAUGGACAUAGCGCGGUGACCUUUGAUGAGCUGUGACGACAGGACAUUAGGCAAUAUGGUUUUGUUCCCAGGAUUUGGCUUCCCUGAUUGAUUGCUCCUGGCACCAGCUUUCCUCUCCCCCUACGGGAUCAUUGAGAACAUGUAGAGAAACUGUAUUGAAUACAAUGGGCCUUAUUCAGCUUCAGUUGCAAAAAUUGUGAAAUCGCAAAUCUGGCGAUUUAUCUGCAGACUGCGCAUGCGCUGCGAACUCAUUGCACAUGUGCGAAGGCUAAAUUGUGAUGCAAAUUAGUGACAUGCUAUCGCAAUUUGAUUGACAGGAAUUGACUGUUCAUGGGUAUUAACAUGGCGUUUGUGAGGAGUGGUUGGAAAAACAAAAGCGGAUAACAACUGUUUUUGGGGCGUGUAUCUGAUGUUAGUUGACAUGGAUUGCGACUAAAAACAUGGCGACCGUAUUCUCAUUCUGAGUAGCCCUGGGUCAACCGCAAUUGUCGAUAGUGGUUGAUAUCUGCGUAUGCGUCGCAAUUUUGGGAUUGCAUCGUUUGGCGUCUUUUACCUUUCUGGGCGGCUCUUCACACGCGAUUUUUAGCAGAAGCAGUUCUGAGAAAAUCACAAUUUCUGUCUCAAUCCACGCUGAAUAAGGCCCAAUGUUCUCUGUAUUUUUUCUUUAAAGGCAUGUGCGUGUGUUCAUUAAUAUUUUCACAAUCCGCAAUCACAACUUUGCACACCCAUAGUUGCUUUUACACCUGUAUCAUCAUUAGAACUGACUGACAAUAUAUCGGUAUCCGUAAUUUGUUGGAACAAUUAUGUAAAAUCUGGGGAAAAAUGUAAAUAAUUAUUGUAGAUGUGCGCAGACCUCCGUGUUUUGCUUUUAGUAUUGGUUGUGUCUCUAAAACCAUUUUCGUGUUUUGCCAUUGGUUUUGGUUUUACCCAGGAUUCCUUGUGUGUUUUGGUUUUGGAAUUGUAUUAAAAUAAAAAUGGUCAAAACAGGUAACAUUACCUGACCGUUAUCAGGUACAUACCGACAUUAAUUAAUAGAUAAGAGCUGCCCUUUGUGAUCACAGGACUGCCAGAUUUAAGACCAGGGAGCACUUCUGCGUAUGAACUGUGUGAGACGCCCUCUGUGGGGGGUGCUGGGAGGGAUCAAAUUGGAUCCCUCUCAGAGCGAAAUGCAGAAUGAAGCCCAUAGGCUUCUAAUGGGUAACGUCAGCUAAAGAAUACCAUUUUUUUUUUCAUUAAUUUUGUUUAAACUGUGAAGUCUGAUCUCACUGAUAGACAGUGGCGGAUUACCAAAUAGGCAAAGUAGGCACUGGCCUAUGGUCCUCAGUCCUUUUAGGGGCCCCAUGAAAAAUGUCAGGAACUCGCCUCAAAUGAUGUAACAUGGAGGAGGUGCCUAGAUGGUUAACGUCCCUACCUCUACGACCUUUGGCCUCACAAAUGGAACAGAUGCCUUCAUAACAUCCUCAUCAUCAACCUCCUCAUUAACGGCAUCACAUUUUUCCAGCAUCCUGUUGCACUUCCACAGUGGCAUCCUCAAUUUCUGUCACCAGCUAUACUUGUGCUGCUCAUCCCCACAAUUUCUUUUUCUAUUUCUUUUUAAGAAGUGACGCAAGUGACCACCACAAACAGUAGUUUUUUUUUCUUUUACAGACAGUGUGACACAGACAAAGUGCCCACUGCACCUGCUUGAGCCUUGAACACAGCUUCCUCACUCCCUGAGUCCACUCCACACAGACACAGUGCCCCUACCUUAUUUACAGACUUGUGCAGUAGUGCGAGACUGUGCUGUAGUUUAGCUGCAACUAAAAGUUGCUUUCAGGAAGAGUGCUGUCUGCCUACACCAGUGGUUCUCAAACUGUGUGCCUUGGCACCCUGGGGUGUCUCGGGACACUUGCUGGGGUGCCUUGGAUUGGGGUCCAGGACCAAUUCAAAUUAUUUAUAGUCAAUGUAACAGACAAAACCAGUGCUGGUGGCUGCCAGUCAUAAAAUAUGUGGACAAAUAGAAGCAAAUCCCGUCCCUCACCACACAACUGAACUUAAGGAAGACUUAUAAACACAAUUUACCUCAUUUAAUAUUUUUUCCCAAAUUUCUCAAUAAGAACUUUUGGCCUAGGGGCACCGUGAAAACAAUCCUGGUGCUCUAGGGCGCUUUGAUUAUAAAAUGUUUGGGAACCUCUGGCCUACACCCUAACCGUCGGACCUCCAGAGUGAAACGGCGCCUGAAUCACCAUGGGAUGGACUUAUAUUGAAUCCAAACAGGUGAUAUCUAAUGCUGUGAAGAUGUGUUUUGCCUCACUUUGGAAUUUGAGCAAGGCGGGUACAUUUUUGGACUUUUUCGGCUAUGGGCAGCUGCAUGCAGAAGAUUGCAGCCUCUGCAAGAACAGUUCAGUUUGUCCUGCCACCAACUGAUGCAAGAGGUGGUAACAAGGUGGAAUUUGACCCUUUACAUGCUUCAGUGCAUGGAGGAACAGCAAAAAUCCAACCAAAGGAACACAGCAAGUCAUAACAUUGGGAGAGGAGGGGGAAUGUACCUUAGUGCAGCGCAGUGGAGAAUACUUUACAUGUUGUGCAAGGGGCUGAAAUUCUGCCAAGUAGCCACCUGUGUAGUAAAUUCAUACACUGCUAGCUUGAGUCAGGUGAUUCCCCUAAUUAGACUUUUGAAAAAAACAGCUAGAGAAAUUGAAAGAGGAGAUGAAACAAAGUGAUUUUCGCUUUGCCAGGAUGCAAGGAUUGUCAAUAUCUUGAAAUUGGAUCACUACAUUUUGGCGACUGUGCUUGAUCCUAGGUUUUAGUUGUAUGUUGUGUCUUUCUUUCCAACUGACCCAGAUCUUCGGAGAUGCAAAGAGCUCCUGGGGUGCAAGCUGUCAGAACAAGUGGUACAUAACACGAUGACGUCUCUACCAUCAGUUUCUAUGGUAACUGCUGUCAGGUAAAAACUCAGCUUUCCCAAGAGACCCAGUGGUGAUGCCGAGGAGUCAACACAACAUUUUGACAUCUUGUUGGGUCUAAAAGAAUUGGCCAGAAUUAGUGACACCUCUACCGUAACUCCAUCUGAUAUGGUCACCAUCCGUAGAAUGGUGUAGGAUUAUUUUAAUGACAGUGUACAAAUAGGCAUGUUAGACAGUCCCUUUGACUACUGGAAGGAAAAAAGGUCAAUUUAAAGACCCUUGUACAGACUAGCUUUGCAUUACUUAAGCUGGCCACCAUCCAGUGUGUACUCGGAGAGAGUUUUCAGCACAGCCAGGAACCUUGUGAGCAAUCGACGUAGGAGGCUACUUCCUCAAAAUGUGGAAAAGAUGAUGUUUAUCAAAAUGAACUGGAAAUUCCACGAGGAAGGCCUUUCCUGGCAGUUAUGCCAAAGACUUCUGUAAUGGUAGAUUCCAGCGAGGAUGAAUUAAUAUUGUGUGAGGAUGAUGAACACACUGAUGAGGAUGAUUAUGAGGAUGGUAGUGACGAUGACAACUUGCAACUGCAGAGCUGUUAGCUUAGAUGCCUUAAGUCCAUUGUUUUGUGGGGGUUCAAACAAACCAAGCACUUCAGCCACAAAGUUCAAAGUUAUUUUAUUGUCAUCAGCCAAACAUGUUGAGAGACAAAAUUACAUUUGUACAUCAGCAGCCCAAUAGCAAUGUGACAGCAUCCAUUUCACACAUUCAUUCAAAAAAUACAUUCAUAUGUUUAACAUAUACGCACUGCAGAUGGUAAAAAGUUAUUUCUCAACGCCCUGUGUGUGUUAAAAAUGUUUUAAACUUCUUCUGAGAUGGAAGUUUGAACAAAGCAAAACGUGAAUGGAUGACUCUGAUCUAAUAUAGUCUUCCCAGCUUUCUUCAAAGCCCUAAGACUGUAAUGCUCUUGAAUGGUCGGCAACCGCACGCCAAUGGUUUUGCUGGCGGUUCUUAUAAUAUGCGCUAAGGCACUCCGAUCACCGGCAGUGCAGUUACCAUACCACACAAUUAUUCCAAAAGGCAAAUUACUCCCGAUUGAGCUUCUAUAACAUUUUAACAUAGUCUGCACACUCACGCUCGCAGACCUUAAAUGACGUAAAUAGAAAAAGUAUUGCUUUGUUUUGUUUUUAUAAUCGAUUGCACCUGUGCCGACCAUGGGCCUGACUCAUUCCUGAUUGCUGCUGUGUGUCUUCCCACAGCGGGUGAUCAGGUCCUAACUGCGCAUGUGUAUGCACCGCAAUGCGCACGUGCGUCGGACAACAACAAAGGGCAUCGCCGGUCAGCAACAGGAUGCUGCGAAAAAUCUAAUCGCACGGGCGUUCACAAGGAGAUUGACAGGAAGAGGCCGUUUCUGGGUGGUAACUGACCGUUUAUUGGGAGUGUACGGAGAAACGCAGGCGUGCCCAAGCGUUUUCAGGGAGGGUGCGUGGCGUCAGCUCCGGCCCCGAUCAGCCUCUUCUCAUCGCACUGGAGGAGUAAGUCCUGGGCUGCGCUCACACUGCACAAAGUGGAUUUUUGCAGCUCUGCAUACACAUAGGAUCACACACUUGCACUGCGAAUAUACACUCACCCUGGAGGCGGCGACUAUCUGAACGCAGGACAGCAAUCAGAUCUGAAUCAUCCCCCAUGUCAAAUUAGAAGAAACCUAAAUGCCCAAAAAACAGAAUUAUUCAACCAUUUUAACGGCUUGGUCGCCUAUAGACACUGGGAAUUUCAGAUCCAUUCCUCUUCUAAAAUCCACUAUUUAAAAACAAAAGUGUCAGUCCCUGUAACUCUUUAUUAUCUGCCACUGCUGUGUGGCAAGGUUUCAUAGAAGUGCUAUACACUGCGGUGUGUUUGUGCCGCUGCUCUGUCGCUUAGUAACCAGCCGGCUCGCUGCAGCCCUUGGGCGGUAUUGGAGAACAAUAUUGUGAGCUGUUAGUUGGCUAAAAUUGACUGCAAAUUAGUGGAAAUGGAUGUUAUUGGGUUAAUAAUACUGUGGGAACAAAAACACCCCGAAAUUCUAUGAUGUUAGCUGUGUUUAUCAAUGUAAAAAAAAAAAGAUCCAAAAACCAAAACCCGAACCAAAACCAAAACCAAAACACGUGGAGUUGGCGCACAUUUCUAAUUUUUGAAUUAGAUAUAUACUGUACGGGAGCACCAAAAUCUUAACUGCUUAGGGCCUCUAAAGGUUUUAAUCCAGCCCUAAUUUUAAUGACAGGAUGUUGUGAUCACUUCUAUUAAUUACAUGAUUGAUCAGUCCGGGGUAUAUGCAGUUUUGCAUACUAGUAUAACAGGAAUUCUCUCUUGCUAUUUAUUAUGGGGACUAUGUACUAUAGCUCGGAGACACUCACCACAUGCAUAUCAGCGUUUACUAACCCCAUAUGCAAGAAUAAAAUCACAAAUGAUAGGACUUCCAGGUUUAUGACCCAGGGUCCUAUUGUGACACCCCAUCAGAGUUGCCAUGGACAUUUAACUUAUUUCUGCGCCCUUUUUCCCCCCUCUACAAAAUGCAGCCUGGCUAAAUGCUUUGAGACUUCAGCAAGGAAAGGGUUAAGAACAUUUUCUACGCUAUAGCUGUCAUGCGCUUGGACAGUUAACCGCCGUGUGGCGAGUCUGUUGGCCGUUGGGCGCUGGUCAUCUUAGGAGGAUGGGCAGAGUGGAACAGGACCGAGGAGCAGAAGGUGCUGAGCUGAUUUGGUGGUGUACAUGGUGACCAAAGGAGACUCCUUACCUGAUCUUCAAUAAAUCAGAGUCCAGCAGCUGACAAAGAGAGUGUCUAUGGAGUGGUGAGCUGAUUACGUCAGGCCUGAGGCAAAAUAGCCACUUCUAGUGAGAUCCAGGAGCCCCAUUGCAGACUAUACAUUCUCACACUCCCCGUCACAGACUCCCUGGUAUACAAGAGAUCACAGUUUUAUACAGUAAAUUAGCCAGUUUCUAUAGUAAUAACACCCUUUAUGAGACUGAUAAGAGCCAUCAAAUAGCAGUAAGCACCUCUGCGCAGAAGCAGACAGUCACGUGCUGCAGUUUUCUCAGCACACAGCCAGAACUUUGUCGCGCAGUAAGGAACAAUACUGUCUUAGUUACACAGACAGCUUAUAGGAUUCAGGACUCAAUAUCACAGGGGCCUGCAGCCGAUGUACUGCUCCCAGUCAGACAGUGUACAUGUAACAAUUGAGUACAGUAACCUUUUUGGAGUCCAGGUCAGUAACCCUGUUACACCAACUACUCAUCGCAAAACCUUCCAGAGAUAGAGAGACUGCUCAUAACGGACAGAGACACCUUAGCUGCCUACAUUGGGUUUAAGGAUGAGUCAGGAUCAAGUGAUACAGUUGUAAACCUACUUAUUGCCUGACACAGUCAUGUGGGUAUCGCAGAGAGCCUCCUUUAAGAAAAUAGCACCUACAGUACAAUCAGGUAAUAUUACAUCCAGACUAGCUAGACAGACUCACAGUUGCCUAGAAAUAGUGUGCCAGACUUGCCUACUCUCCCGGAAUGGCCGGGAGGCUCCCGAAAAUCGGGUGACCCUCCCGGCCCCCCGGAAGAGCAGGCAAGUCUCCCAAUUACAGGGGUCCCCCCCUGCCCGGCCGCCCACUUAGCGAGUAAAGUGGGUGGUCCGGGCAGGCGAUGACGCAAUUCCUGUUGAAUCGUGUCAUCAUAGCCACGCCCCCUGCUGUAUAAUGAAGUGUAGCUGGUUCUGUCCAACCAGGCAGUUUUGUAACUUGUAAUAUGGGUGGUCAUUCCGAGUUGUUCGCUCGGUAAAAAUCUUCGCAUCGCAGCGAUUUUCUGCUUAAUGCGCAUGCGCAAUGUCCGCACUGCGACUGCGCCAAGUAAAUUUGCUAUGCAGUUAGGAAUUUUACUCACGGCUUUUUUAUCGUUCUGGCGAUCGUAAUGUGAUUGACAGGAAAUGGGUGUUACUGGGCGGAAACAGGCCGUUUUAUGGGCGUGUGGGAAAAAACGCUACCGUUUCCGGAAAAAACGCAGGAGUGGCCGGAGAAACGGAGGAGUGUCUGGGCGAACGCUGGGUGUGUUUGUGACGUCAAACCAGAAACGACAAGCACUGAAAUUAUCGCAGAUGCCGAGUAAGUCUGGAGCUACUCAGAAACUGCUACGAGGUGUGUAAUCGCAAUAUUGCGAAUACAUCGUUCGCAAUUUUAAGAUGCUAAGAUUCACUCCCAGUAGGCGGCGGCUUAGCAUGAGCAAAUCUGCUAAAAUCCGCUUGCGAGCGAACAACUCGGAAUGACCCCCAUUGUUUCUUGUGCUUUAUUGUUCUUUGCAUGAAAAUGGUAUGUGACAAGCAUACGUAUUGAGGUAAAUCUAAAUUGCCAGUAUAUGAGAUAAUCUCAAAUUUCUACAGCUGAGAAAAACUUCUAGCAGUGUUUCAGUAGAAUAAAAAUUCAUAUAGAGAAA